CUGCGAAAAAAUGAAAUCAGCUCGAAAACCAUACCCUCAAACACCAAAAAAUCGACCGAAAAAUAUAAAUGCUUUGGAAAAAGAUGCAUUACAAGUAUUUUGUCGUUUACGACCAACAAAUCAAGAAGUAUGUAUGCGAGUCUUAUCAUCCUCAGUGGUUUGUGUAUUCCCGCCUGAUAAUGCAAAUAAUUAUAAUUAUCGUGGGGUUUCAAAAGAAAGUCAGUUUAUGUUCAAAGAAGUAUUUAUACCGGAUACUACACAACAACAGGUCUUCGAAACGGUAGCUCAACCGUUAGUCGAAGGUUUAAUUCAAGGUAAAAAUGGUCUACUUUUUACAUAUGGUGUAACCGGAAGUGGAAAAACAUACACGAUGACUGGCGAUAGCAAGUCAGCUGGAAUAAUGCCACGUUGCAUUCAAACACUUUUCAAAACAAUCGGCGAUUAUCAAGCUGAAAAAUACGUGUUUAAACCAGACCGUUUAAACGGUUUUGAAAUGCAAACCGAUGCUGAUGCACAGAGUGAUCGAUCCGAUGACGCUAGAAGUAAACGUCGUGCGCCUCCGCUUGUUAAAUCAUCAUCAGAAAGUAGCUUAGCUUCAUUAUCAGGCAGCGAAAUAUAUUCCUUAAAAGGUCUCGAUACCUCUAAUGUCUAUUCAGUCUUUAUAACAUUCGUCGAAAUUUAUAAUAAUGGAGUAUUCGACUUACUCGAUGAGAAUCAGAAAUCGUUACAAAAUAAAAUAAUACGCGAGGAUUAUAUGCAUAACAUGUUUGUACAUGGUGUCACUGAAGUCGAAGUGAAAUCGCCAUCGGAAGCGAUGACGCUAUUUUGCAGGGGACAAAAGCGUAAACGAAUGGCUUACACAGAUUUGAACGCAGAAUCCAGUCGGAGUCACUCAAUUUUUACAAUUCGUCUAGUGCAAACCUCCGCUAACUGUGAUGAAAACCAACAAAUUACGAUAAGUCAACUUUCUCUUGUGGAUUUAGCCGGAAGUGAAAGAUCAAGUCGCACCAAAAAUACUGGAGCCCGUUUAAAGGAAGCUUCCAACAUAAACAAUUCAUUGCUUAAUUUACGAAUUUGCUUAGAAAUAUUAAGAGAAAAUUAUGUAACAGGUGGAACCAGAUUAGUUCCAUAUCGCGAUAACAAAUUGACACACUUAUUUAAAAUGUAUUUCGAGGGUGGAGGCUAUGUUCGAAUGAUUGUAUGCGUAAAUCCUAGCUCAUUAGAUUACGAAGAAUCGUUACAAGUAAUGAAAUUCGCUGAGUUGUCUCAAGACGUACAAAUUGCGAAACCGACACCGAUGAAAAUCGAUGUGGAAGUGACACCUCGAGUGAAACCAACGGAUAUUGAAACACCCAAGAAUGGUCGAUAUGCGUUACCACCAACUUCAGCUGCCCGUUCAGCGACUGUAAUAACUGAUCGAAGACGAUGUCGUCAAAUAAUGCCACCUCCAUCAAAACCGGAUCCCAUAUGUUUGGAGUCUGAUAAAGAUGUCGAUUAUGGUUUAGUUUAUAGUUUGAAUGAAUUACCAAGAGUCAAGAUCGCUAGUUUCGGAGAUUAUGAGCUUUUGAAAGAAUUACGCCAUGCGUUGGAGCAGCGAAUGACAAAGCGGAAUAAAUUGUUAGAAGAUCUUAGAACACGACAGUCUCAUUUUAGAAAAUUAUGUAAUGAAUACGAUGUUUAUAAAUUAUCAUCUGCAGCAGAAAUCGAAUCUUUAAAAGUAGCGAGUAAUCAAUACCUUGAACGAAUUGACACACUGGAAAAUCGUUUAGUAGACACAGAAAAAGAACGUGACGAGCUACACACAGCGAUCGAACGUAAAAAUGAACAAAUUUAUGCUCAACAAAUUGAGAUCAAUGAGAAAGAAUUAAUUGUAAGUCAAACUGUGCUGGAAAAGGAAAAACAAAAGAAAAAAUACGAUACGAAAUUAAUUAAUCAUCAAGAAAAAUUACAUCAAGAUUUUGAACAGAAAUUACGUGAACAACGUGAAAAUUUACGACAGCGUAUGAAAGAUAAAGAAAGUAAAAUACGUCAAGUUCGAAAAAUUGUACUUGAUGAAGCAAAUUCGACCGCAUCGAGUGAAUUAGAUUUACUUGCGCUUAAAGGUACACCUAGUGAUAAACAUCGUGUUUUAACGGAGCUAGAUUUAAAUGCUGUUAAUUCACCAAGGACAGCACCGGCUUCUAAUCAACAGCAACAUCAAUAUAUGCCGAAGAUGUGGAGUGGUAAUACACCUGUUCGACGAAGAUCACGUUCUGUAGGACCUUGUGAACGAUGGUUGGAACAUCGUAGUGGACUGGCAACUGAUUUAGGAACACUUUUACAGCCACAAAUGAAAAAGACAAAAACUUUAACAAAGUUGACUACGCCAAACGAUAUUGUGAAAUCUGUUUCGAAAUAUUGUCUAAUUUCACAAGAACCUGAUACCGAUGGGGAAAUUGAAACUCGAGUAGUUAAAGGUGAUGUCAUCCAAACAACUGGUGGAGGAGCUCAAGUAAUCUUUAAUGAUGUUGAAGUAUUACGUCAAGAUUCACCUACCCGUCCACGGAAACGAUCCAUACCCCCAAAUAGUUCAGAAUUAACCGCUCGAUGUUCAAUUGGUAUCGAGGGUCACAAUACAAGUAAACGUUCAAAAUCAUAAUUUUUAUUUUUAUAUUUAUUCAAUGGAAUGUGUACUUAAUUUUGCAUUCGUAUUUUAUAAUUUUUUUUUUGUACUUUUAAAUAGGUUUUUCUGUAAUCCCGUUUAUAAGAUAAUAAACUUAAUAUAUUAUUUUUAAACCGCCGACUUUCU